AUGAGUUGCCUGAGCUGGAACUGUCGAGGGACUGGGCACCCUCGAACAGUUCGGGAACUUCGCCUGUUGGUGAAGGAGAAGAAGCCCGCACUAGUUUUUCUCAUGGAGACCAAAAUGAGGAAUGCUAGGUUACAAAAAAUUUGCGGUUCUUUGGGAUUUACAGGUUUGCUCACUGUUGAACCGAUGGGCAAAAAUGGAGAUUUGGCUUUGUUGUGGAACCACUCUGUACUGGUGGAUAUUAUGAAUUACUCAGUAAGGCAUAUCAGUGUGGGUGUGUCCCUAGUUGGUUCAGAUUAUCAGUGGAAAUUUAUUGGAUUUUAUGGAGACCCGAAUAGGGGAUUACGGGAGAUGUCAUGGAAGUUACUCUCUCACCUCAGUUCCUAUUCGCCCGGAGACUGGCUUCGCGUGGGCGACUUCAACGAAAUUGUGGAUGCUACAGAAAAAUCCGGAGGCCUCCUUCGUAGUACAGGGCAAAUGGAACAAUUCCGAAACACCCUCUUGGAGUGUCAAUUGAGUGAUCUCGAGUUCAGGGGGUUGAAAUUCACAUGGAGUAAUAAGAGGGGAACUGAGGAAUUUGUCAAAGAAAGACUGGAUCGUACUUUAGCCACGGUUGGAUGGUGUGAAAAAUUUCCUUCUGUCGAAGUGCAUGUAUUGACAGCUCGGUGUUCAGACCAUAAACCACUGUGGAUUCAAAUGCUUCCCCAAACAGAGUUCCAGAGACGGCAUCACUCUUUCAAAUUUGAGGCUAGCUGGAAUGAGGAUAGUGAGUGCAUGCCAUUAAUCCAAUCAGUUUGGGAAAGGGGUAUGAUGGGUGGUCCUACUCUGGUGGAAGCUCAAAGGAAACUUAAGGAGUGCAGAGGGCUAAAUGUACAAGAUGAAGAAGGGAAUAAAUGGUCGUCUUCGGGUGAGGUGGGGGCUGCCUUCACUCGCUUUUUCCAGGGACUUUACUCAACUGAGGGCACCAGGGGGGUUGAGAAUCUGGUGGAGUUGGUCUCACCCAGGUUUACACCUGAGGUGAAUGAACUGCUGACUAAAAGCUUUACGAUUGAGGAGGUCGACAUUGCACUCUCUCAAAUGCACCCAUUGAAGGCGCCAGGGCCAGACGGGUUUGGAGUCUGCUUCUUCCAAAAGCACUGGUCAAUAGUGGGGGAUGGCAUUCGGGAGGCAGUUCUGAACUUUCUAAAUUCGAUCGCUUAUAAGGCUUUGCACACUAUGAGUACCAGAAUGAAGGGUAGGAAGGGGUAUAUUUACGACUGGAUGGAAUGGGCUUUCUUAGAAGCCAUGAUGAGAAGUUUGGGGUUUGCUGACCAGUGGAUCAGAAUUAUUAUGCAAUGUGUUGGCACUGUUUCUUUUCAAGUUCUACUUAAUGGUGUUCCUCAAGCUAUGAUAUCCCUUACUAGGGGAUUAAGGUCUAAGUACUCUCGACCAAAGCGAGCCUGGAUGGGAGAAUUUAUGGGGUGCCAAUAUCUCAUAGAGGCUAUCAACUCAGCCACUUAUUCUUCGCUGACAAUAGCCUUUUGUUCUGUCAAGCUACUUUCAGCAAAUGGGGGAAUAUUCUUCAGCUUCUAUAGCAGUACAAGCUGGUCAAAGAGAAGGACUUUCAAGGGAAUUCUGCACCGAGUAAGGAAGAGGCUUGACGGGUGGAAAGAGAGAUUUCUCUUUCAAGCCGGGAAGGAGGUGCUUUUAAAAUCGGUAAUCCAAGCUAUACCUACCUACAAUAUGAGUGUGUUCAUGCUCCCAAAGUCCCUGUGCAACAAGCUUGAAGUUGUGAUGAACCGGUUUAUGUGGGGCAAUAAGGAGUCGUCUAAAGGUCUUAACUGGAUGAGCUGGUCAAGACUGGGAAACUCAAAAUCUAAUGGGGGACUUGGCUACAGAGAUAUGGAAGUAUUUAAUCUUGCACUCCUUGCUAAACAAGGUUGGAGGCUCAUUCAAGACCCAAAUUCCUUGCUGGGAACAAUUUUAAGAGACAAGUAUUAUUCGGGGAAGACUUUCCAGCUAGCUGCAUUGGGUCACAAUCCAUCUUUUGCCUGGCGCAGUAUCCUGAAGGCCCGUCCGACACUUGAAAACGGCCUGAUCAGCAAACGUGAUGGUGGAAGAACAAUGUGCUUGGAGAAUUUUGAUCCAGUAGAGGGAGAAAGAAUCAGCAAUCUUGUGCCUAAUCCUUUGCUACAAGAGGACCGUCUGAUUUGGAGGGGUACAAAGCACGGCCAUUUCUCUAUGCGCAGUGCCUACUUCCUAGAGGUAGAAAGGACACGGCAGGACAAAGGAGAGAGUUCUCAUCAUCAGGGUAUCCAAUGGUUUUGGAAGUACAUUUGGAGUUUUUCGAUACCUCCGGUGGUGAAAAAUUUUGUGCGGAAAGUGUGCAACGCUAUCCUUCCAAUAAAGGUAAACCUACACCGGAGAGGGGUAGUGACGGAUCCUCAUUGUCCGUUCUGUUUGACCAAUCCGGAAACCCCCCUCCAUGUCCUGUGGUCGUGCCCCUCAGCGGUAGCUGUUUGGCAGGAGAGCUCCCGAAAGGUACAGAAGCUGUCCCUAGAGGCCGAGGAUAGUUUAGGCUUCAUCAGAGAAUUAAAAGAUAAACUGGAGGAGCAGUAUUUUGGAGAGGUGCUAAUAACUAUGAGAUUCAUUUGGCUCCGAAGGAACUCCUAUGUCUUUGGUAGCGGCUUGGAGACCCCGGGCAAGGUGAUUCAAAAAGUAAAAGGGGUGAUGGCGGAUUUGGAGGAUGAAUCUCAGGGAGAAUGUUUCGGAGUUUUGAUGACCUCUGCUCCUUCCACUCCAGGAUGGGUUCGGCCACCAGUGGGGAUGUUGAAAGUGAAUUGGGAUGCAGCUCUCUAUAUAGCAACGAAACGGUUAGGGGUUGGAGUGGUGGUGGCAGCUAUGGCUAUGUGUAUUCCAUCUCGGACGGAUCCUGCAACUGCGGAAGCUUUGGCGGUGUGGGAAGCAGUUAGAUUCUAUGAUUCUCAAGGGUGGCAGCGGGUACUUUUUGAAGGGGAUGCACAGUCCAUAGUGAUGGCUUUACGCAAGAGGGGGCAGUGUUAG